ACACAUCGCCAACAGAAGACACAAGCGGAGUAAUUCAACACUGAUUUCUCUGCGAAUGAGCGAGGAACAGACGAGAUGCCAAAAACUCCAGCGAGAAGCAUUAUUGGGACUUUAGGAAAACUCACCGUGUGACUAACUGAAAGAAAGAGAGAAGACCUGAAGCGACGAGGAGGCGUAAAGAGCCGCGUGCUUGUUCUUCAUGAACUUUGCGGAGCGCUGUGACAAUGCAGCCUUUGAGCUAGUGCACGAUUAUUGUUUCCACUUAUCACCCUACUGAGUGACCAGUCUGAGAGAGGAAGCCAGUCAAAAAGGAAAGGAAGACUAAUAAAGACAGUUGUCGCUGAAAGUAAUGGUCUGAAGACAUCACUCAUAGAACAGGAUUUUUUUUUUCCUUUUGCGUUGCUCUGCUGAAGGUUUCUGGAGUCACUGGGACAUUCACGAGAGCUGGAGGGACACAUCCACAUGGUCCAGCCGUAGAGUGAAAGUAGAGUUCUUCACAAUAUCCUAACAGGUGCCACGUGAUGAUGGUAGAAUCAGCAACUGAGACCAUUCGAACCACACCCUCCAAUCAAAAUGGAGUCAGCAGUCUAAGCAGCCAAUCAGAUGGCGGAGGAAGAGAGGGAGGGUCCAACGGUGACACCAAUGGGGAGAUCAGCCCGGUGGAUUUACUGCACCUUCAACAGCAGCAGGCCCUCCAGGCAGCACGCCAGUUCAUCCUCCAGCAGGCCACAGGACUCAACUCCCCCAGCAGCAAUGAGAUCAAACAGAGCCCUGUGCAGGUGCCGGUAUCCAUGGCGAUGAUGACCCCACAGAUGAUAACUCCUCAGCAGAUGCAGCAGAUCCUCUCUCCACCUCAGCUCCAAGCUUUACUCCAACAGCAACAAGCCCUUAUGCUGCAACAGCUGCAGGAGUACUACAAGAAGCAACAGGAGCAGUUGCACCUACAGCUCCUUACCCAACAACAGCAAGCAGGGAAGCAGGCCAAAGAGCAGCAGCAGUUGGGGAAUAAACAGCUGGCUUUCCAGCAGCAGCUGAUCCAGAUGCAACAACUACAGCAGCAACACAUUCUAAAUCUACAAAGACAGGGCCUGGUGAACCUACAGCCGGGCCAAGGAGCAGUACCCAUUCAGAGCCUGCACCAAGCCAUGUGCCCCACUGACCUGCAGCAGUUGUGGAAGGACGUGGCCGGUGUUCAGAGCACAGAGGAGGUCAUGAAACAUGAGGGCCUCGAUCUGACCACCAACAGCUCCAACACUACCUCAUACUCGGCCUCCAAGGUCUCACCUCAGAUCCCCCAUCAUACUUUGCCAAAUGGACAGAACUCUGUGCACACUCCAAAGAGAGACAGAGCAAGACUCUUUGAGUGGAUCUCCUCCUUCACCAAGGAGUCCAGUGAUGAGCAUCUCACGCCUUAUUCCAAAGGCGCUCCCCUGCAGAGCACCCACUCGACUCACGAGGAACACACGGCCUCUCACCCACUCUAUGGACACGGCGAAUGCAAGUGGCCUGGCUGCGAAGCGCUGUGCGAGGACAUGGGCCAGUUCAUCAAGCACCUGAACAGUGAACACGCCCUGGAUGAUCGCAGUACGGCCCAGUGCAGGGUCCAGAUGCAGGUCGUUCAACAGCUGGAGAUACAGUUGGCCAAAGAGAGCGAGCGUCUGCAGGCCAUGAUGGCCCACCUGCACAUGCGUCCGUCAGAGCCAAAGCAUUUCAACCAACCUCUGAACCUGGCCUCUAGCAUGUCGCUGUCAAAACGAGAAAGUGAGGGGUUUCCUGAGGGCUUGCCUCAUCCCCCCACCUCUGCCGCAACUCCCAUCACCCCCAUGAGGCAGGGACCCUCCGUCAUCAGCUCUUCCAGCCUGCACGGAGUCGGGCCCAUCCGUCGGCGCAACUCCGACAAGUUCUGCACCCCUAUCGCUUCAGAACUUGCACAGAAUUGUGAAUUCUACAAAAACGCUGAUGUCAGGCCUCCAUUCACCUACGCCUCCCUCAUACGACACGCCAUUCUGGAAACCUCUGACCGACAGCUGACUCUAAACGAGAUCUAUAACUGGUUUACACGAAUGUUUGCCUAUUUCAGGAGAAACACCGCAACAUGGAAGAAUGCGGUGCGCCAUAACCUGAGUCUGCACAAGUGCUUUGUGCGGGUCGAGAACGUCAAGGGUGCUGUUUGGACCGUGGACGAAGUGGAGUACCAAAAGAGGAGACCACCAAAGAUGACCGGAAGUCCCACUCUCGUGAAGAAUAUGAUUUCUGGGCUGGGAUUUGGCUCUCUGAAUGCCAGCUAUCAGGCUGCACUUGCGGAGAGCAGUCUUGGUCUUCUGAACAGCCCCACCCUGAUGAACAACAGCACGGGUGCGAGCCUCAACAUGCUGCACAUUGGCCACGAUGAUGUCAGCAGCACUGUUGAACAAGUCAACAGUAACGGCAGCUGCAGCCCUGGACUUUCUCCACAGCAGUACGGACACCAUGUCCAUGUGAAGGAGGAGCCAGCUGAGAUGGAGGAGGACAGCAGACCCAUGUCCCUUAUGGCAUCUGUCACUCAAAACCUGAGCAUGCCUGGUGAUGAGCGUGACAUGGAGGAGGAGCUUCCCACAGAGGAGCUUGAGUAGGAGGAAGGCUUGAUGGAGGCGGAGCUCACUGGCCCUGUCCCUCCCUCCCUCAUAUACAAGAUGUUCAAGAUCAAGUGAGAAACAAAGAUUUUUAAAAAAUCAACUACAACUUCAAAAACCAAAACAGGGUUAGACCUCAUCAGUUCACAAUGCAAAAACACAUUUUCCCCCCUUAAUUUUUGUGUACCCUCAAAAAGGCCCUUUGAGCAGCUGUGCAUUGUAUCCUCCUGUAUUCUGAAACAUGGUCUGAUAGAAGUAUGGACCACUGUAUCUAAAGCUAC